AGAUGUCAUUCUCAUUGAGAUUUGAAUUUUGAAAUUUAAAAAUUUCGCCGUUGUAAAAUAUUGUUAAUUAUUUAUUUAUUUAAUCCCAUAAUUAUUUACAUAAGAUUGAUAAAUAUAUAUUGUUUACAACAUAAGUUAAACAUAGGUUAGGUGGUAGUGAAAAAUGGCGUCUCCUAUUAUUGUUUCGGAGGGUAAACUACAAGGCUAUAUAACAGAGACUGAAAGCGGAAAAAAGUUUUUCGUGUUCAAAGGAAUACCCUACGCAAAGCCACCAAUCGAUGAACUUAGAUUUGCUGCACCAUUACCAUCAGAACCUUGGGAGGGAGUUAGGGAUGCCACCAAAAACUCAAACAUCUGUGCUCAACUAGACAGAGCAACAAAGACAGUAGUAGGGGAUGAAGAUUGUCUAUAUUUAAAUAUCUCUUCACCAAAAUUACCAAAUUCUAAUGACGAUUUGUUGCCUGUUAUGGUAUUUUUCCAUGGAGGAGUAUUUUUGUUUGGAAAUGGCACUGAUGAUUCAAUACAUGGACCGGAUUUUUUGGUUGAGAAAGAUGUUGUUGUUGUUAGUUUAAACUAUAGGCUUGGUAUACUUGGAUUUUUGUGUUUAGACCGAUCAGAUGCUCCAGGAAAUAUGGGCCUGAAAGAUCAGGUACAAGCCCUGAAAUGGAUACAAAAGAAUAUCAAAGAGUUCGGUGGCAACCCUGAGAAUGUUACAAUAUUCGGCAUAAGUGCUGGUGGUGCAUCAGUAGAGUAUUUAAUGCUUUCUCCAAUGGCUAAAGGCUUAUUCCAUAAAGUAAUUGCUCAGUCGGGCUCUUCAUUAUUACCCUGGGCUCAAACUUCAAAUAUCAAGAAAAUUGCCGCAAAGUUGCCAGUAUUGAAAAAUAAAAUAAUUACAGAUGAUGAUGAGCUUCUGAAAUAUCUAAAGAGUUUAUCAACAAAUGAUCUGAUUAUUACAACCAUGUUGGGUUUGGCUAUUGACGUUUGGAGAGGAGGUAUUAAUUUCAGCUUUGUACCAACUGUCGAGAGCCCAGGUGAUUGGGAACCAUUCAUCAGUAAAUCAACUUACGAAAUGCUCUCUAAUGGUGAAUUCACUAAAGUUCCUUACAUGGCUGGUUGUUGCGACCGCGAAGGACUUUUAUUAAUUCCACUUGGUACACCAUUGCUAGAAAAACUGAAAAAAGAAAAAAAGUUCACCUCUCAUUUACCAUUUGACUUUGGUGAUAGCACAGAAACAGAAAACGCAAGAUUAAAGUCUCUUUAUAUGGAAACAGAAAGUAAAUAUAUUGAUCCAGAUUCCUAUGCAAUUGAUUUCUUGGGUGAUGUUGAUUUUUUGGGUGGAGUGUUUGUUUCAACUAUGUUAAUUGCCAAGAACAAUUCUCCAGUAUAUUUCUAUGAUUUUGCAUAUGACGGUAAUUUGAAUUUUUUGAAGAAGAAAAUGAGCAUUGAUAGAAAAGGGGCCUCUCAUGGUGAUGAAAUUGGUUAUUUAGUGAAGAGUGCAAUCCUCACCGAUCCUUUAUCAGAAACUGAUAUGUUAAUUAGGAAUAGGCUUUGUCAAUUGUGGACAAAUUUUGCCAAGUUUGGCAAUCCAACGCCAAAGACUGAUGACGUAAUAACCACUAUAUGGGAGCCAUUUGCCGAACCAGGGCAGGCUUAUCUGUAUAUUGAUGACAAGUUGACAAUGAAGCACGAACUAUACCCGGAGAGAAUGAAGUUGUUUAAGGAACUCUAUGAAAAAUACUACAAGUUAUAAAUUUUAUUUAUAAAUACCUACUUAUAAAACUCUCAUUUCCGUUUAAGAUGUUAUGUUUCGGUCUUCCACUAGGUUUACCAAAUUUUUAGGGUAAAUGUUUAGAAGAUAAUUGUUCCUUGCAGUCACGUUUUUAAGCAAGGAUCACUCUGUAAAACUUGUUUUAUAUUGAUUAUUUAAAAACUAUUUAAUAUUAAUUUCAUAUUUUGGAUAUAUGUUUUUAAUUUUUUUCCCAUUUUAGCAUAUAAUACUCUUAUUAUAGGGUAAGUCAGGAUAAUUCAGUUAUUUUUGUGUCACAACUCAUGCUACACACAACCAGUGCAACACAUCGAUAAAGGCAGAGAACAAAAUCGAAGGACAGAACAAAACAGCCGUUUUCAAUAACGUACUCUUACGGAUACAUUGCUGUCACCGUUUAAUGACUAGAUCUUAUCUAUCCAUUGUUAUGUCCAAUAUAGUUGCAAGUUAUAUGCAAAACUUUAUGUCAAUAGGUUAUUGAAAUGUGAGUAAGCGUAAAAAGAUAGAUUUGUCUACGUCUGGUAAGUUAAACUAAGGAUAGAUAGGUUAAAAACGGCCUUUAGGUGAGAAGAGUUAUCCUGACUGACCCGGUUUACAAACUUCACAUGAUGAAUAUUAUAUUAUCAUUAUUAUAUAUUAUUCUAAAUAUCUUCAACACCCAGUUUGUGAUAAAAUUAUUAAUGAAAUCUUACAAACAUAUUAUAUUUAUAUACUAACGGCCUAACAAAUAAAAUUGGCAUAAAGUUAUAACUAAGCAUAAACCAAGAAUAUGUAAAAUGUUUACAAAUAGAUAUUCUGCUUUCGAAUGGUUUGUUCGGACGUAUAACGUUUCCCGUGUUUAUUUGCAAGGCAGCUUGUCAUUCGGAAAACUUCAGAAUUAUCAUUGUAUCGACAGUGUUGUCAACGAUAUUGUAAACAUUUUGCAUUUUCUUUGUUUAUCAUGAGUUAUAACUUUAUACCAAGUUUAUUUGUAAGGCCGUAAAUAUAUUAUUAGUCACCUGUGUUAUAAGUAUAGGAGGACUUUGAUAAAGAUAAUAUACUUCACGAUAUUUACUUCAAUAUUAAAUAAUAAUAUACAGUGUACUCUUUAUUAGCGAGUAUAAACAGUCCAAGCACGAAUAGUGCUAUAAAGACUCGUUCGUUAUAAAGAAUAAGCGUUAUAUGAAUAUAUAAGAAAAAAUUAUCAAACUCCAUCUAUUACAUUUUUGUUGGUUAUUUUUGGCGAGUGAAUUAUAUUUCUAAUUUUAACAUUCAAUAGGUAAUUAAAUAUUCCAAUCAA